AGAGAGAGAGAGAGAGAGAGAGAGAGAGAGAAUGAGUCAGCGAGCUUUAUCUCGGGGUCAACAGUAACUGAUCACGUCAGUGUUGGAGGAAGGAGAACAGAUUGAUUUGUGGGAUACAGUCCACGGCCUUUCGUUUGCUUUGUCCAGAUUCCUCUGUUCAAUAACAGUGGCUGUGAAGACAAGACAGAGAGAAAAAGAGGAGGGGAAGAUAAGUGUCAAUCUGUUCAGACUUGUUUGGGAAUUUGAGCAGGGAAGGAGGGAGGAGGAGUGAAACAGCAAAAGGGAGAAGAGCAGAGGGGAGAGGUUGACAGACAGAUCGAGAAGAAAACAGAUGCGGAGAGAGACAGAGGGUCAGGAUUGGAUUAAUGUUGAAAUAGAACUUUGUUCGCCUUUCUGACCCCCCCCCCAGCAGAUCUGGAGAGGAAGGAUUGCUUGUGUUGUGCAAUCCUUGUUGGUUCACACUACUGAACUAACUGAGAGCUGCAGAGAGGAGGGAGACUAGACCUCCCUAGCGUACUAAACUCAGGUUCUAAAAAAAGUAUGUUACCAUGGGGACCAAACGCCCCAGUCUGACUCCCUUUGACACAUUUGAUCCAUCCAAUCAAAGCGCUUCCUAUCGGAACCCUCAGCCAAUCAGCCAGAUCUCCCGCGAAACAAGUUCCAGACCUGGAACUGUGGCCCGAACAGACAGAGAGAGGGAGAGGAUCCGAGAGGAGGAAUGGAGGAGAGAAAGAGAAAUGGAGAGAUUGAAGGACAAAACAAGAAAUAGAAGAAAAGAGAUGGAACCUGGACCAAGAGAGAGGAACAGAGAGAAGGAGUGUGCCCCCAUAUCCAGAGGGAGGGAGGAGGAAAGGGAAUGGAGAGAGAGAGAAAGGGGGAGAGCGGGAGAGAGACAUGCCAAUGGAAAACCUACUUCAAAUCUGGAGAUCAGGAACGACAGAGACAGAGACAGAGAAAAGGAGAGAAAGAAAGGAGACACGUUUCCUAGAAUGAUAAAACAUAGCAAAGAGAGAGACAGAAGAAUGAGUGCAUUUGUGGAGGAAGAUGUGGGGAAAGAAGGAACGAGACAAUUGGAGAGACAGAAGGGAACAGAGAUGGAUGACUGGGAGAGAGAACGAGAGACAGCAGCAAAGAUACAGCGGUAUCGAGAUGCAGAGAGGGACUUCCAAAGGUACAGAGAGAGGGAGAGGGAGAAGGAGAGAAUCAGGGCACAGGAGGACGGGGAGAAAAAUGGAGGGAGGCCCAUGGAGGAUAAGACAUUGAGACGGAGGGAGAGAGCGAGGGAAGCGGAGCCAGAUUUCAGAGAGAGGAGAAGAGAYAGGGARUCAAAGGGCAAUGACCUAUGGAGCAAAAGAGAYAGGUAUAUGGAUGGAGAGKGAGAGAGGRCAAAACUCRMGCAGGGAGAAAGGGAYGUUAGAYGAAYAGAYGGAYAUUCACAGAACUAUUCGGAUAGAGAGGGCYGGGAUGGAAGGAGGGAAGGAAAUACAGAGGGACAGAGGGACACCAGGAGUGAGGGAGACAGUGGUGGAGAGAAGUGGAAAGAGAGAGUGAGAGAUGACAACAGAAGAGAACUGAAACAUC